AUUUUCAUCCUCUGACUCUUUUCCAGUGGCUGCAGUUUUGUGCUUACCCCCUAUUGUGUCUAUCUGUUUCAAAUUUGCAAUUCUUCACUACACUCAAAACCUGCUCUCUGACACAAAAAAAAAAAAAAAAAAAUUCCCUCCCAACAUUCUGUUAUCUUCCACCAUGGCCACCACCACCAUCACAACAACAACAACAGAGCGAGACAUCUCACGUGCUUCCCGCAUGCACGACUACACCACCACAGACGAUGAAGACGAAGAUGUCGUUGAAGACAGCGAGGAGGACAACCAAGAAGAAAGAGAAGAGCGCGGUGGGGCGGAUGACAGCACCGUCAAGCAGGGUUGGUUGUGCGGCGGAGGUCGGCGGCUGGCAGCAGUGGACACAAGGGGGAAGUGGUUGGAGGAGUGGAAUAGAGCGUACCUGCUGGUUUGCGCGGCGGGGCUGUUCGUGGACCCGCUCUUCUUCUACGCCCUCUCUGUCAGUGACUCCUGCAUGUGCCUCUUCGUUGAUGGGUGGUUCGCCGUCACCGUCACCGUCCUCCGGUCCAUGACUGAUGCUCUUCACCUCUGGAACAUCUUGCUCCGCUUCAAGAUGCCCAAGCGCAACUCCGGCUUCGGCAGCGUUGCGCCGCGUGGCUCCGUCGCUCUUACCUAUCUUAGGUCCCGGAGGGGCUUCUUCCUUGACCUCUUUGUCAUUCUUCCUAUACCUCAGAUUGUGCUUUGGGUGGUAAUCCCUUCUUUGUUAGAGAAAGGAUCAACUACAGAGGUGAUGACAGUGUUGUUAAUCAUGUUUCUUUUCCAAUUCCUUCCCAAAAUUUAUCAUUCUGUAUCUCAUCUUCGACGCACACAAAACCUCUCUGGCUUCAUCUUUGGAACCGUUUGGUGGGGAAUCGCCCUUAACAUGAUCGCCUAUUUUGUCGCUUCCCAUGCAGCUGGGGCUUGUUGGUACUUGCUGGGGAUGCAAAGGGCAGCAAAGUGUCUGAAAGAGCAGUGCCAGAAAACAGGUGGUUGUGGAAUUCAAAUGCUGUCUUGUCAUAAGCCAAUGUAUUAUGGAAGCACAAGCUUAUUGAGUAGGGACAGAGCAAGAUUGGCGUGGGCAGAGAACAGAGAAGCAAGGUCUACAUGCUUAGAUGGCCCUAAUAAUUACAACUAUGGAGCUUAUAAAUGGACUGUUCAACUUGUCACCAACGGUAACCGAUUGGAAAAGAUACUUUUUCCUAUUUUCUGGGGCCUAAUGACUCUCAGCACUUUCGGGAACCUGGAGAGCACAACGGAAUGGCUAGAAGUAGUUUUCAACAUCAUUGUGUUAACCAGUGGCCUUCUUCUUGUCACCAUGUUGAUUGGAAACAUCAAGGUAUUUUUGCAUGCAACAACAUCAAAGAAGCAAGCGAUGCAAUUGAAGAUGAGGAAUAUUGAAUGGUGGAUGAGGAAAAGGCACUUGCCUACAGGGUUUCGGCAGCGCGUGAGGAACUAUGAGAGGCAGCGAUGGGCUGCAAUGCGAGGAGUUGAUGAAUGUGAGAUGACCAGAAAUCUCCCUGAGGGACUAAGAAGAGACAUCAAGUACCAUCUUUGCUUAGAUUUGGUGAGACAGGUGCCACUAUUUCAACACAUGGACGAUCUGGUUCUAGAAAACAUCUGUGACCGGGUGAAGUCUCUGAUAUUCACAAAAGGAGAAACAAUAGCUAGAGAAGGAGACCCAGUUCAAAGAAUGUUGUUUGUAGUGAGAGGUCACCUACAAAGCAGUCAAGUCCUGAGAGACGGCGUCAAGAGUUGCUGCAUGUUAGGACCCGGAAACUUCAGCGGCGACGAGCUUCUUUCAUGGUGCAUGAGGAGGCCUUUCGUCGAACGCCUUCCGCUCUCUUCAUCCACGCUCACCACACUGGAAACCACAGAGGCAUUUGGCCUUGAAGCGGAGGACGUGAAGUAUGUGACACAACAUUUCAGGUACACUUUUACAAAGGAAAAGGUGAAGAGAAGUGCCAGGUACUACUCACCUGGGUGGAGAACUUGGGCUUCUGUGGCCAUUCAACUGGCGUGGAGGAGAUACAGACACAGGUUGACUUUGACCUCCUUGUCCUUUAUAAGGCCUAGGAGACCCUUGUCACGAUCCACUUCUUUAGGAGAGGACAGGCUUCGACUCUACACUGCCCUGUUAACCUCACCAAAGCCUAAUCAGGAUGAUUUUGAGUUUUGAGAUUAUCAAGAUGAUGCAUGUUGAUGUGGGUGGGGAAUUUAAUUGAUUGCUUGGUCUUCUAAGUGGUGAGAAAAUUUUAUUAUGAAUCAUCUUGUCGGCUUGUAAUGUUAUAUGUUAAUUGGUUGUAUUUGGGUGUGAAAAGUGGAGGGUGGGGGGGGGGG